AUGAGUAAGAGCAAGUGCUCCGUGGCACCUGUGUCAGCCAUGGUGGCCCCAGCUAAGGAGCCCAAAGCCAGGGGCCUGCAGGGCGUGGAGCUCACGCUCCUCAAGGAGCGGAAUGGGGUGCAGCUCACCAACUCCACCCUCAUCGGCCCACCACAGCUGCACGUGGAGGCUGAAGAGCGCGAGACCUGGAGCAAGAAGUUCGACUUUCUCCUCUCGGUCAUUGGCUUCGCUGUGGAUUUGGCCAACAUCUGGCGGUUUCCCUACCUAUGCUACAAAAACGGAGGAGGUGCCUUCCUGGUGCCCUACCUGCUGUUCAUGGUGAUCGCCGGGAUGCCGCUGUUCUACAUGGAGCUGGCCCUGGGGCAGUUCAACAGGGAAGGGGCUGCUGGCAUCUGGAAGAUCUGCCUCCUUCUGAAACGUGUGAGCUUCACGGUGAUCCUGAUCUCGCUGUACGUGGGCUUCUUCUACACCAUCAUCAUCGCCUGGGCGCUGCACUACCUCUUCUCCUCCUUCACGGCCGAGCUGCUCUGGACCCACUGCAGCAACACCUGGAACAGCCCCAGCUGCUCUGACGUCCACACCAGCCACAGCAGCGCUGGCCAUGACACCAGCAUCAAGCACACCUUUGGAACCAAGCCUGCCGCCAAGUACUUUGAGUAA